UUUUUUUUUUUGAUUAAAUUAUCAUACUGAUGAACUUGUAACAACAAUGUCACAAACAAUGAAUGAUUUUAAUGGUAAAGUUGCCAUCGUCACUGGAUCAUCAUCUGGUCUAGGUGAAGCUAUUGUUUGUAUGCUUUCAAAAUGUGGUUGUCGUGUUACCAUACAUGGUCGAUCAGAAGAAAAUGUUAAUCGUGUAGCUGAAAAAUGUCGUACAUUGUCACCGAAAAAAUUCACACCAAACAAAUGCAUUGGAGAUCUUCGUAAUGAUCAAGUUGUCGAAACAAUUAUCAAAACAACCAUUGAAAUGUUUGGACAAAUUGAUUUUCUGAUCAAUAAUGCUGGCGGUCAUUAUCUGGCCAAUCUUAGUGAUUCAAAUGAAAUCCGAAAUAGCUAUGAUUAUAUAUUUGGAUUAAAUGUUCGAUCAACAGUGUAUUUGACAUCAUUGGCCGUACCAUAUUUGGAAAAAUCCAAUGGUGUCAUUAUCAUCAUAUCAUCUAUUGGAUCAUUUUCUUCUUUUAACAAUGAAAAGACAAUCAUUUAUGAAAUGUCUAAAGCAGCAUUAGACCAUAUGGCACAUGGCAUGGCAUUAAGUUAUGGACGUCGUGGAAUUCGUAUCAAUACAAUCAAUCCUGGUCCAUUUAAAACAGCUAUCUAUCGUAAUUAUAGCGAUCAAGAUGAAUAUGAAAAAGAAUUAAAAUCCUAUGAACAGUUAUCACCAUUAGGACGUUAUGGUGAUCCAGAAGAAUUGGCAAAUCUUGUUGCAUUUUUAAUUUCACCAAAUGCAUCUUAUAUAACUGGAACCAAUGUAGUUAUCGAUGGUGGUUCUUCAAUACCAAGAUUUAUUUGAAUAUACCUGUAUUUUAUUUCACAUAUAUUUCUCGUAUUGUUUUCCGAUUUUUAAAUGGAAAAAAUUGAUCAAUCAAUCAAUCUCAAUAAAAAUGAGAAUCUUUUUUUAUUAUUAUUUAUUUUUCA